AGCCGUGCAGCAUCGCCACAAGCAGCAAUUCAGUAGUAGCACGGUGCGUUCAUCACCAUGUCCGCUGCACGAUGGGGCAAGAAGUGGGCAGACCUCGAUGAUGAGGAGGAGACGAUGAUGCAAAGCGCAGAACAAGGGCGGUUUGAGACUCAAGCUGACAAAGAUGGAGUGAAGACCUCUGUGGAGUAUGUUGAGAAGGCUGGAGUCACCUACCGAGUGACCAAGAAGAUGAAGGAGACAGUCACAACUAAGUGGACAAACCGAUUAAUGCAAAACAGAAAGAAUCUACACAAGUUCGGCAAGGCUUCCACAAAUCCGGAGGCAGAUGAGAAGCUUUUGUGCAUGAAGAGUGUAGAGGAGAUCCAUGUCGAAUCUGCGAAAAAGAUCCAUGUGGAUUUGUCGCAGAAAGAUGAUGCAGAGGAGAAAUUCUUCGAGGAAAGCCUGACAAUCACAGAGAGUCUCCUCAAAGAGAAGAAGGUGUGGACAGACCUCAACAAAGAGUCCAAGGAAGUUGGCAUUGGCGAAGAUGACAAGAAGGAAACGACAGAGGCAGCAGCCCCUGCAACAGGCGCGCCUGGCAAAUAUGUUCCGCCAAGCCUGCGUGGAGCUACUGAUGGAAAGGGCAAAGGCAAGGGCAAGGGAGGUGACUAUCAAGGCCAGCAAGAUGCGACGCUCAGAGUCUUCAACUUGUCCGAUGACGUCAAGGAAGGCGAUUUGCAGGACCUGUUUGGACAGUGUGGCCGGCUUCAGCGUGUCUUCCUUGCAAAGGACAUGAACACCUUCCAGUCCAAGGGCUUUGCUUUCAUCACCUACUACAGCCGAGAAGAUGCACAGAGAGCCAUUGACCGUCUCAAUGGACAUGGCUACGACAAUCUCAUCAUGAAGGUGGAAUGGGCCAAACCCAGGAACUGAGUGCAGUGAACCCUGAGUCAUCCUGAGUCGGAUUUGUGCAUAUAAGACCAGCAGAAUGGCUUGGAACUAACAUCAAGUGCCAGAAAUUUAACACGCCCAGACACACAAAUACACGUAACUGUAGGGACGGCAAGGAAUUUAAUUUCACGUGCAACACAUGCUGGGUAAUGUACCUUCAAUGCCACGUGCAUGCAGGCAAU